AUGGACUCCAAUAAACCAUCCACCGCGACCAGUAGCGCCUCGAAGGAAAACCGUACUGCAGAUCCUACGGCAGGCCUUCCGUAUUACGAGGAAACGCGUCGAAAACUCAAACAAUUAUUGGAGCAAAAGAAGAGCCUGGAUCGGAUUUUGGCGCUGAGCGAAGACAGUAUUUUUAGGAAGGAAACGGAAUACCUGGAUGAGACGCCGCAGGGGAACAUCAUUAAUGGGUUUGAUGGGUAUGCCAAGGGUGCCGGUGUAGGAGGGGUGGGAAGGGGUGCUGGGACAGGCAGGAAGAGUGCGGCGGCGGGCGGAACGGAUAGACCGUUUAGUGGGAGUUCGUAUAGUUGGAGGGUGAAUGUUGAUUCUCCGGCACCCUCGGGUGCUUCGACGCCAGUUGCAGCUAUGGCUCCUACGCCUCUAUCUAUGACUUUUCAAAAGAACGGGGAGAGCUCAUCGAAUCAUCCGACGCCUACAUCUGCUACUUCGGGAAAAGGGAAAAAGAACAAGAAGAUGGCAGGAGGUGAUGAUAGUGAGACGGAUACCAAGGACUCAACAGGGAAUAAGAAAGCGAGGACUAAUUUUGGAGCUACGAGGAAAUAA